UUCUGCCUUUGGAAUCGCGUCAAAAUGCUAUCGAUUAAAUUUUUGUAGAAGAGAUCUGCAUCACUUUUACAUUAUUUUCUUUGGACGGCUCGUAACCGCCAGAUUGUUAAUAAUUUCCCGGCUACCGGUUAUGAAUCCCGGUUACCGUUUUCUGGAGGUAUAGAAUUAAUAGAAGGAGGGGAAUACGCAAACGGAUGCCGUGCUUCGAUCGUUUCGCAAAUUCGCAUUUUUGGAUCAAUUUACAGGUGUGAAGCGAGUGGAGAAGCAAGUCGAAUAACACCAUGUCUCUGCGAUUUCUUUUGUGGUUUUUAUUUAUCAUAUGUUUUUCAUCGUUGCCAUUGUGUAAUGGAGGGAUUGCAAUAGAUUUGAACGGAUACUGGCUGACGCGAAGCAGUAAACCGGAUUCCUCAACAUUCGAAGCAAGCGUACCCGGAAAUAUCUACACUGAUUUGUGGCGAAAUGGAACGCUGAAGGAAGAUCCGUACUAUCGGUUUAACGAUGUUGAGUACCGGUGGGUCAGCAAAGAGGAUUGGUCAUUCUGGCGCGACUUCCAAGUUCCAGAGAAUGUCACCGCGCACAAGAAGGUCCUACUGAAAUGCGACGGUCUGGAUACCGUGUCAUCCGUGUAUGUUAACGACAAACUCGUAGGAGCAUCGGACAAUCAGUUCGUCCAGUAUUUUUUCGACAUUAAAGCAGCACUAAAGACAAGUAAGUUGAACCAAAUCUCUGUGCGGUUCACAUCGCCCACCAAAUAUGCCGCCGAUCAGUUCUACCGGCACAUUUUCGAUCAUGGAUAUGUUGUUCCACCGGCGUGCCCGCCACCGGUCCAGCACGGGGAGUGUCAUCCGAACUUUAUCCGCAAGGCACAGAGUACUUUUGCCUGGGAUUGGGGGCCGGCAUUCCCGACGGUGGGCAUCUGGCGAAAUAUCUCCAUAGUCGCCUUUAACACGGCCUUGAUCGAAGGUGUCACGGUCAACACUUCCUUCGAGUCAACGAAUAAUACAUGGCGGUUGACCGUGGGAGCGUAUCUGCUCACGACUGAUACGCCAAGUAAAGCCGUUUUGGGAUUUGAUAUACCUGAGCUAAAGUUUACUCGCAGACAGUCUGUAGAUCUUAGUGCGGGUAAUGCGAGUGUUUUGCUCAGUUUUGAUAUCCAAGAACCCGUGGAGCGAUGGUGGCCGAAUGGAUACGGCGGUCAAAAGUUGUAUAAUAUGAAAGUUACGGUGGCGGAUGACGGCGGGAAUAUGGAAUCGUCUAAAAAUGUGGUUAUUGGGUUCCGAGAAGUAGAAUUGGUGCAAGAUCGCUUGCAGCAGCCAAAUGCGACCGGCUUGACCUUCUAUUUCCGUGUGAAUGGUGUUCCAAUAUGGAGCAAAGGUUCAAAUUGGAUUCCGGCUCAUGCUUUCCAGAAUACGAUUUCUUCCGAUUACCUUCAAUGGCUUUUAAACUCCACAGUGCUUGCGCAUAUGAACAUGCUUCGCGUAUGGGGCGGCGGUUACUACGAAUCGGAAGAAUUCUACGAGACAUGUGAUCGUCUAGGAAUUAUGAUUUGGCAGGAUUUUAUGUUCGCCUGUGCGAUGUACCCCACCACUUCGUCCUUUCUAGCAUCAGUGCGACAGGAAGUCCGUGCCAGUAUUCUCCGGCUGCAGCAUCAUCCUUCCGUUGUUAUUUGGGCGGGAAAUAACGAGAACGAAGCGGCGCUGGCCACGAACUGGUACGGAACAUCCCUGGCUUUUAAAACCUUUAAAGCGGAUUAUGUGAAGUUGUACGUCGAUACGAUACGGGAUGAAUAUCGAAAAUAUGAGAUUGUUGACGGACGACCAUGGAUCUCGUCUAGUCCGACGAACGGGAAACUAAGCGAGGAAGAAGGCUGGAUUGCGGACGAUCCAUAUAGUAACUUGUAUGGCGAUGUACAUUUCUACAGUUAUUUGGUUGAUCCUUGGGAUUGGACAAUCUAUCCACCGACACGUUUCGGCUCCGAAUACGGCUACCAGUCUUGGGAAUCAAUGGAAACCCUGUUAAAAUAUGCUCUACCAUCGGAUUUGUCGUAUUUCGGCCAUUUUGCCAAUCAUCGUCAGCAUCAUCAGUUUGGUCAGAUUGAAAUGCUGUACGAAAUUAUGAAGCGUUUUCACGUGCCUUCCCCCAGCGAUUCUGUGGAGAAAUUUGCCGCUCUUGUGUACUUGACGCAGAUAAAUCAAGCCAUGGGAAUAAAAACGGAAACGGAAUUCUAUCGACGCAUGCGGAACAUGAUGAAUCCCGAUUCGUCCGGUUUGACGAUGGGUGCGCUAUACUGGCAGCUGAACAGCAUUUGGCCGUCGCCGUCGUGGUCGUCAAUGGAAUUUGGCGGCAAAUGGAAGAUGCUGCAUUAUUAUGCCAAGGAGUUCUUUCAGCCAGUCUUGUUAUCGCCAUACAUUGACAAAGACGGUUAUUUCCGUAUCAGCCUAAUCAAUGAUCAUCUGGAGCAGAUUAGUGAUCAGAUGAACAUCCGAAUUUUUGACUUUACGAAUGGAUUUAACGAGAAAUCCAGCAUCAACGUAACGGUUAAUCAGAAACCGCAGACGGCGUCGGUUGUUUAUGAAGAAACAGUGCAGAGUCUGGUUAAAAGAAGUGGCUGUACCGGGCGAAUUGCCAACUGUUUUGUUAUGGUGGAACUGGACGGAAAUUUUUCGACAGUGCCAAAUGUAUUGUUUUUGGGAUCACCGAAAAAUGCAACCAUUCGGAAAGCAUCGAUACAGGUCAAAGGAAUUUCUCCCGUACACCAGUCAUCGAGAACCUUUGAAAUAACUUUGAAAGCGAGUGCCAUCGCGCCGUUCGUAUGGUUAGAAGCGACAGGCAUCCAGGGAUAUUUCUCUAAAAAUGGACAUAUUCAGUAUCAAGAAGUGGACGUGAUUCGCUUUCAUGCUAACCAGGAUAUCUCUGCCGGGGAGCUGCAAAGUGGCCUGAAGGUCAUGUCGCUAAUGGAUAUUUACUGAAGUAUCCAGAAAGUUGUGUUAUUAAGAUUUUUAUAUUGUUGUUCUAUUUUUUGUAAUUUGUUGUUUUCGAUUCUUUUUUGACAAAUGGCGUCCUUCGUUAAUUCAGAUUUAACCUUCUGACCUAGCGAAACGCUUUGACUUCCACUGCGAUAUUAUUACGGUAAAGAUAUUUUUAAAUGUGAACAUCUCUUGCGUAUUCGGACAAGUGCUCUCUACCUGUGUGUUUCUAAUUUAGAUUAAAUUAACGUGUAAUAAAGAAAAAAGUA